AUGCUUUUCGAGAUUCCAGAGCUGCCUAGGAGGAGCGCCAUGGCCCCAGGCCUGACCAUCACCUUAGCCAUUGCAAUCUUUGCCUUGGAUAUCAAUGCACAGACCCCAAUAACCUUUUUCAGUGAUGAGCCAACACAAGACUCUCUCUUACCAAUAGACUGCAGAAUGAGCCCAUGGAGUAAGUGGUCAGAGUGUGACCCUUGCCUCAAACAAAGGUUUCGCUCAAGAAGCAUUGUAGCCUUUGGACAGUUUCAAGGGAGAAGUUGUGUUGAUGCUUUGGGAGACAGACAACAUUGUGAACCCACUCAGAAGUGUGAAGAGGUACAGGAAAACUGUGGGAAUGACUUUCAGUGUGAAACAGGCAGGUGCAUAAAGAGGAAACUUCUGUGUAAUGGUGACAAUGACUGUGGAGAUUUUUCUGAUGAGUCUGACUGUGACAGUGACCCACGCCUCCCAUGCCGUGACCGAGUGGUAGAAGAAUCUGAGCUGGGACGAACAGCAGGCUUUGGGAUCAACAUCUUAGGAAUGGAUCCCCUGAGCACACCUUUUGACAAUGAGUUCUACAAUGGACUCUGUGACCGGAUACGGGACGGAAACACACUGACAUACUAUCGCAAACCUUGGAACUUGGCUUUUCUGGCCUAUGAAACCAACGCUGAUAAAAAUUUCAGAACUGAGAAUUAUGAAGAACAGACUGAAAUAGUCAAAACCAUCAUGCGAGAUAGAACCUUGAGUUUUAAUGCAAAUUUAGCCUUAAAAUUUUCAAACACUGAAGCACCUAUAAAAGGAGUUGAAGAAGUCUUUCCAGAAAAUAACACUUCAAAACCUAACAAAUCUUCAGCUGGGUUUUAAUUUUCGUAUUUCAAGAAAGAAAAUUUUCUACGAUUCACAUCUUAUUUUUCGCAAACGAAAAAGAUGUUUCUGCAUGUGAGAGGAACGGUUCAACUGGGGAGAUUUGUCAUGAGGAAUCGGGACGUUGUGCUGACGACAACUUUCCUGGAUGAUGUCAAAGCUUUACCAGUUUCCUAUGAAAAGGGAGAAUAUUUUGGAUUUUUGGAAACCUAUGGGACUCACUACAGUAGCUCUGGGUCCCUGGGAGGACUCUAUGAACUGAUCUAUGUCUUGGAUAAAACAGCCAUGAGAGAGAAAGGUGUUGACCUGGAAGACAUAAACCGGUGUCUUGGGUUUAAAGUGGAUGUAUCUCUGCACACUUCUCUAAAGACCAUCUUAGAGGGAGCAUCACUUACAGCAAAUGCUAAUCGGAGUGACUGCAUAAAGAUAAGGCAUGGGCAAGUUGUAAACAUCUCCCGUGAUAACAUCAUAGAUGAUGUUAUUUCAUUCAUAAGAGGAGGGACCAGGAAGCAAGCAAUUCUCCUGAAGGAGAAGCUUCUUAGAGGAGCCAAGACGAUUGAUGUGACUGACUUCAUCAACUGGGCCUCGUCCUUGGAUGACGCUCCAGCUCUCAUUAGUCAAAAGCUGUCCCCUAUAUAUAACCUUGUUCCUGUGAAAAUGAAAGAUGCAUUCAUAAAGAAACAAAAUUUGGAAAAAGCUAUUGAAGAGUAUAUGAAUGAAUUCAGUGCUAAAAAGUGCCACCCAUGUCAAAACGGAGGCACAGCAAUUCUUCUGGAUGGCCAGUGCCUGUGCUCCUGCCCAAUCACGUUUAAGGGGAUUGCCUGCGAAAUCAGUAAACAAAAAUAG